UCCUCAUAAUCAUGGAACAGUAAACAAUAUUAAGCUGACCAGAAUUGGAAGCUAUGAAGCUAGAAAUUAUAAUGCAAGCAAAGUAGCAAACUCAUAGGAAACAGAAUGGUGAAAUUUGGUUGCUGCAAAAUAGGUUGAAAGUUGAAAGCAUAUCCAAAUGAAUUAGAUUUUACCAAUACAAGAAAAUUUUAGCAGCCCAAAAAAGAAAGUAUUGCCAAAACAGUGAUUGCCAAAUUUGACAUUGGGUGUGGCAAAUUUUGUCGCAGGAAGUGUCUUGAAGAACCAGAUGGUUUAGUUAUCACCUACCAUAUUAGUUAUGGACUCUGCACACUUUGUUUGGGCCUGUAUUGGUGAUCCGACCACACAGGGAAUUAUUUUUGAUGUUAUAUUAAAAAAUAUCAGAACACUAAAAUUGGCUGAUUGGAUUAUCUGCAACUCAAGUAAUGAGUUAGAGACAUCGGUCUUCAACUCGUACCCAGAAAUGUUACCUAUAGGCCCUCUUCUAUCUAGCAACCGGCUUGGAAAAUCAGUUGGUUCCUACUGGCCUAAAGACUUGGAUUGCUUGGUGUGGCUGGAUAAACAACCAGUCCAAUCAGUCAUUUAUGUUGCAUUUGGGAGCAUCACAGUUUUUGACCAAACACGGUUUCAGGAACUGGCUCUAGGCCUUGAACGCACCACUAUGCCAUUCCUGUGGGUUGUGAGGCGUAAUUUAACAGCAGAAACAAAUAAUGCAUAUCCAAAAGGUUUCAAAGAGCGAAUACAAGGACGAGGAAGAUUAUCCAGUUGGGCACCUCAACAACAGGUCCUGAGUCAUCCUUCAGUUGCCUGUUUCCUCGGCCAUUGUGGUUGGAAUUCUACAGUUGAAGUCUUCCACAUUCUCUUCUUCUCUAUUCUUACAACAAAGAAGGAUUCAAGGAGAAUCAAAGCUAUGUGAAGGGUGUGAAGCUUGGGUGCUCUUCUUUGUCUACUAUCAAGGUGAGGUUUAGUUCUUGGCUAUAGUUAUGGGUUAAUUGGUUUGGAAGAGUAGAUUCAUGACUCAAGUUUGGAAGAAUCUUGGUAAGAAUGUAUGUAACUUGUGAUUUCUUGAUUUAGUUAGAUAUUGUAUUUUUCAUGGCCAAAUAUUGAGUUUAAGUUAUGGAUUGUGUGGUUAUU